AUGGCUGAUCAUCUGUGUAUCCUGAUCCACGGCCUUUGGGGCAAUCCAAAGCACCUGAAGAACCUCGCCAAUUCGCUCCAAGCCGAACAUCCCAAAGACAAGCUACACGUUCUCGUCACCAAGAGCAACUCCAACAACUUUACCUACGAUGGCAUCGAACUAGGAGGCGAACGUACCACCAAUGAGGUUGAGGAAGAGAUCAAGACACUUGAGAAAGAUGGCAAAAAGGUCACAAAGAUAAGCAUCGUCGGCUACUCGCUGGGCGGCCUGGUCGCGCGUUAUGUUAUUGGCUUGCUAUAUUCAAAGGGCUACUUCGAUCGCAUUCAGCCCGUCAACUUUACUACAUUUGCAACGCCACAUCUUGGUGUACGCUCUCCUCUGCUCGGUCCGCACAACUAUCUCUGGAACGUUUUGGGUGCCCGUACCUUGAGCACCUCUGGUCGCCAACUCUUUACCGUCGAUUCGUUCCGCGACACAGGUCGUCCGCUUCUGACCGUCAUGGCAGACCCUAGCAGUGUCUUCAUCCGAGGUCUGGCCAAGUUCAAACAUCGUACGCUGUACUGCAACAUCAUCAACGAUCGCAGCGUUGUAUACUAUACCAGUUGUAUCACAUACAAGGAUCCCUUUGUCAAUCUUGAUGCUGUCGAACUGCAACCAUUACCUGGCUACGAUGGUGUUUUGCUACGGCCCGAUGAGCCUGUACGCCCAAAGCCUCGAGUCCCGCUCGGAUUCUGGGCCCGUGUGAGAGCUACAAGCUGGUCUACUCUCACAGCUGUUCCAUUUUAUUUCCUGCUCGCCAUUCUCAUUCCCGUCGGCAGCGUACUUUUCCUCAUUAAUAGUGGCAUCCAACAUAUUCGAUCUGCCCAACGUGUUCGCCUACACGAGUCUGGUGGCGCGGCUUUUGGGAUUGAGCGGUACAGGGCCAAUCCGCUCCUUGAAGAGGCCCAGAAUCUCGAGGAGCGCGUUUAUAGACGUCUCAACACAGACCAAGGACAAGACUUCCUACCUACGCCGCCGUCGGAGGAUGAUGAGCGCUUCUCCAAGGCCGAGCACACUGGUGGCCAGUUCAAGGGACAGGAGAAAUUCCCUACGCUUGCACUCACGUCGGAUCAAUUUUACAUGAUCCAAGGAUUGGAUGAUGUGGGCUUCACGAAAUAUCCAGUGUACAUUAGCAAGGUCCGCCAUACUCACGCAGCCAUCGUCGUAAGGACCAAUCGCUGGGGCUUUGGUGAAGGCAAGAUUGUCGUUGGGCAUUGGGUUAAGCAUUUUGAGGUUUAG